ACACAAACACACAUUCUCUGCUAUACUUUAAACAAUUUCAUGAAUUACCCAUUUAAUAAAAUUGUCUCUUUAGCAAUACCCAAACCCUAGUUUUCUAUUUUGCGUGAGCCCAAUUCAUUUUCUUGAAAUAGGGUUUUGUAGUUCUUGGGGGUUCUUGAGAGUGAGGUGUUGUAAUUUGGGGGGUUUUGGGUCGAAUUUGAAGAAAUAUGUCGACCCAGAAAAGAAUUUCGUCGGGAAAAUCGAUGGUGGUGAAGAGGCAAUCGGAGAAUGUUGGAAAGGCUUCUGGGAUUGUGCCUAAGAAAAGGCCUGCAUUAGCUAAUAUCACUAAUCAGAGACAUGGGUCUCUGGCCAAUUCUACAAUUUCUUCCAAAGUGGGAACUUUGAGUAAGAAUGCUAAUGUCGGCUACAGAGCCAGUAAUCUGCCAGCACCCACCUUUGUGAAACCAUGUACAGGCGUUUUAAAUAAGAACUCGAAGACUUUCACAAGCUCUGAUGGAACUUUCUCUAGGAAUAAAGCUCCUUAUGCCAAUUGUAACAUGGAGACCUCUUCGUUUAAAUCAGAUGCCUUAUCUGUUGCCAUGGAUGGAAGCAUGUCUAGUAGCGAUUCCUUGAAGAGCCCAGAUGUUGAGUACAUAGACAACACUGAUGUUGCAGCUAUCGAUUCGAUUGAAAGGAAGACAUGUAGCAAACUUUUUAUUUCAGAUGAUGAGAAAACAACAGGAAGCAUAUGCAAGAGAGAUAUAAUUGCUGAAAUGGACACAGGUGAUGAGAUUGUUGAUGUUGAUGAAAAUACUAUGGACCCGCAGUUAUGUGCAACCAUGGCCUGUGAUAUAUACAAGCACUUGAGGGCAUCUGAGGUGAAGAAAAGGCCUUCCACUGACUUCAUGGAGAAGGUUCAGAAGGACAUAAAUACCAACAUGCGUGCAAUAUUAGUUGACUGGCUAGUGGAGGUUGCUGAAGAAUAUAGGCUUGUCCCUGACACGCUGUACCUGACUGUUAACUAUGUAGACCGGUACCUUUCUGGCAAUUCGAUGGACAGAGAAAAGUUACAAUUGCUUGGUGUUGCUUGUAUGAUGAUUGCCUCCAAAUACGAGGAGAUUUGUGCUCCCCAAGUUGAAGAGUUCUGUUACAUAACUGAUAACACAUACUUCAAGGAAGAGGUUUUGGAAAUGGAAACUACUGUUCUGUAUUUCCUGAAGUUUGAAAUGACAGCCCCUACGGCUAAAUGCUUUUUAAGGCGGUUUGUUCGUGUUGCUCAAGCAGUCACUGAGGGUCCAGCAAUGCAAUUAGAGUGUAUGACAAACUACUUGGCAGAGCUAACUCUUCCACAAUACCACAUGCUUCGUUAUGCCCCAUCACUAAUUGCUGCUUCAGCAACUUUCUUGGCCAGAUACCUACUUUUCCCAUCAAGGAGACCUUGGAACUCAACCUUGCUGCAUUACACACUCUACAAGGCUUCAGAUCUGUUGGAAUGUGUUAGUGCACUGCAUAUCCUUUGCCGCAACAACCUCAGUUGUAGUUUGCCAGCAAUCAGAGAAAAGUACAGCCAACAUAAAUACAAGUUUGUUGCCAAGAUAUACUGCCCUCCAUCAAUUCCUCAAGAAUACUUCCAAGACCUAUGAGGCCACUAGAUGAUGAUCAAGAUGUUUUAGUUUGCCAGAGUGGGCUGCUAAGUAAAAUGUGAAACACCAAGUUCUGUACCCUUACCUUUCUUUCUAGUUGUAGUUAAAAGGAAAUAGACUUAAAGUAGUCAUCUUUGUUAUCAUGAUGAUAACCCUUUAGAUUGCUAAAAGAUUUGGCCCCUUUUGCUUUUAUAGGGGAUCAACAAAAGUUUAAACCUUGAAGCCCCUUAUUUUAGUUUAAAAUAGUGGUUUAAUAUUCUAUGAAUUUAACAGAGGUGACAAGCACACCGUGCUGUUUCAUUUCAUUGCUAAUGUGUAUAUCAGUAUAUUAUAUUCACCCAAUUUAUCAGUA